CGGCGUAUUAAUUCGAAAGGAGUUAGUAGACAUGUGGCUGGUUGUUCACGCACACUAGCUUCAGACCAGCUAUGGCAAGUGCGAGGAACAAAAAUGGAACAGGCACUGAAAAGGAUUGUACAGAUGAGGAUGAAGACUUCAUGUUGUCCAUGGACCAGUGGGAUGUUGUGGAUGAAGCAUCCGGAUCAGAUGAAGACACAGGUAACCGGGUCAAUGAGGCGGUGAAUAAUGGACAGGUAGAGCUUAAUCAGGAAGUUCAAGGUGAUCAAGAUGACUGCGAUGUGAUCACUGAAGAAUCCAAUGAGAACAAAGAAGACAAUGAUGAAAUUGAUGAUGACCAAGUUCAUGUGUUGGAGGAUGAAGCUGAUAAUGUUAAAGACAGCUUGUCAACUGAUCACGAAGAAAGCGCUACUUGUACAGAGUCUAGAAAUCUCAGUUUAGAGAAGAAUAACAAUGAUAACAACGGUGAUACAGCUGUGUCUGGAGACUUGAAAGAACCAAGUGAGUCAUCAGUUUUGGUAUCUAACUUCAGUCUAUGGCCAGAGUUUACGGUAACUUUACAGGAUAUUGACGAGAAAACUGGCCAGUCUCGAGGACAAGAGUCCACAAUCACAUCCUCUGUAAAAUCUGCUGUUGAGGAAAACCCCGAAAAUCUGAAAGGGAGUUCUUCAGUUGUUGAUUUCCAGGAGAAUGCACCUGCUAGAGAAAAGUUGAAGGCUGAAACUGAAAAAGCUGCAGAAGAUGAACUACUUAAAGGAAGUGAACCAGAAGAUGAACUACUUAAAGGAAGUGAACCAGAAGAUGAACUACUUAAAGGAAGUGAACCAGAAGAUGAACUACUUAAAGGAAGUGAACCAGAACUGUGUAAUGAGGUCAUUGCAGAAAAACAAAAUGUCGCUGGUGAUCUCAUUUCUGAUGGUUUAGAAAAUUGUGUUGAGGCUAAUGAAGACACUGAAGGGAAAGAUGCAGUCAGUAUUGAAGACAGAAAAACAGAUAAUGGUGAAGAGAGUAUGGAAGUAGUAAGUGAGAUGAUAGAAGAAGGGAUGGAAUUAGAAAUGGAAGAGACGAAAUUGAGUUCUUCAGAGAGAUUUCGGAAUGUAAAACAGAGGGAAAAGGAAGGAUCUCACGUGGAUGAUAAACAAGAUGAUAAAAAAGAAGAAAUUCAGCCAUCAAAAGAAAAGGAAGAAGACAAAAUUGUGGAAGUUGAAAUCCAAAAUGAUGAGAAUGAUGCACAGGAAGAUCAUGAAAACAAUACAAAUAGAGAUGAAGUUGGAGGAAUGGCAAAAGAGAAUGAAGAAAAGAUGGAGGAAAUGGAGGAUGGAGGUGAACCCGAGAAAAGAAUGUCUGGAGAUGAAGUGGUUGAAGAUGGAGAAACAGAAGAGAAUUUGCAGGAAGAUGGUGAUGAGGAAGACAAUAAAGAGCAUGGUACAAAUAUCGAUGUAAACAGUGUGAAGAAGGAUGUAGAAAUUGUAGGUAAAGCAGUUAGAGUAGAAGUGGUCCAGCCCAAGGACAAACUUCCAAAAACCGUACCAAAAGUCAAGCCUCGUAAGAAACCUACCACCAGCACAGAAGUCAAGGUUGGGGUGAAGAAUGUUCAGCCUCCUAGGGCUGAUGGCAAGCCACCCAUUAAGGCUGAGGCAACUCACAGCUCACAUGUUUUAGAUUUGAAGAUGACCAGUGUAACUGUGGACGAUCUGGGAUCCAGAGAUAUGAUUAUCAUCCUUAAAAGUGCUAUACACUUCAGUGUAGACUUUCCUGGACAUCCUAAUGGUGUUAAAGGAAUAGGCACUGUGACGGCUACCAUAUCCCUGGACAGGAGACACACAAGUAUAAAGUACUUAAUGAAAAAUCUAGCUGGUCUUUACUAUGAAGGCGUCAAGUUUCCAGACCUGCGACAGAAGUAUUUAGAAUGUAUUGCAAAGGAAUGUAGAGGAAUGAACCUGCAAGGUAUACACCCAAAGCAAUAUUCUCUGUUUGCUUACCAACUUCCAAAAUACACAUCACGAGAAAAACUCAAAAAAGUUUUUCCUAACUACAAAAGAUCGUUCCUAGCGUAUACAAGAAAAGGUAUUGGGUGGGCUGUGCUACAGUUCAGGACGAAGGAGGAGACCUUGAGGAUCCUGGAAUCUACAUGUGGUGAAAUUACAUUAGAGAGAAAGGCUCUGCCUACAUUUCUUAGUCCUGUCUCUCUUCGUACAGAGGAGCUGACCAGUCCGGAUUUCAAGGCGUGGUUUUUUGACUCGAGAUUCAACCCUGGAGGGAGAAGUUGGGGACCAAGAAUGGGGAGAGAUAGAUCUAGAGAAAAUGUUAUACAAGAAGAAGCCCGUGACACAAAGCACAAAGAAAAGUUGUUACAAACAAAGGAAAAACUGUCUUCCAAGCAGCAGAUAGACACAACGCAAACCAGAGAUGACAAACCGCAGAUAGAAAAUGUAGGAAGCAUGCAGGCAAUGGAUAUAAGUCCUCUGACAGCGAAAUUAUCCACAAUUGUUUCUGACAGGAAGAUCGGACAGAGUACAGGACAACCCAGUGUUAGGUGUCUAAUCUCUGUCCUUCCAACUGUUGAAAGUCAGGAAACAGCAUCGACCAGUGUUAAAGGUCAGGCAUAUGUGUCACCUGUUAUAGAAAUUAAGACAUCACCAUCUUCUGAAGUCAAAGGUGAGACAGCUACAGCAUCUAAGAUCAAAAGUCUGCCUUCUACAACUACUGUCAAGGCGAAAGUUCAGGUAGCUACAUCUUCUGCCACCUCCAAAGCAAAAGGACAGAUUUCUAAAACUCCUAAUGUCAAAAGUGAAGUACCUACUGGUGUCAAAAAACAAAAUACUACCAUUACUGUGAUCCAGAAUAAGAAAGAAACAGGACCUCAAAGUGAACCCCAAACUAACAUGCAACCCACAGUCAGCCAGAAUGUAUCAAAUGCAUCAUUGGCGUUACAGACUUUAGAUGACAAGACUUGUGACAAAUCAGCAGUAUCAGGUACAGAUACUGAGGCUUUGACAAUAAAAUCAGAAAAUGUUCUGCUCUCAGAAUCUAAUUUAAAAUUAGAAGAGGAAGUUUCUAUACAAAUAGAAGAGGAACAGGUGAAUGAGGGUGCGCAGGAUGCAGGAGAACAACAGGCUGAUGAGAAACUUGAUGGUGGUGUGGUUGAUUUGAAUACAACAGGGAAAGAUGAUGUAGAACUUGGAACAGAGGGGACAGAAGGUGUAGAGGAUCCCGAUACUGAGGAGAAUGAGGAUAUGGAUGAAACAGGGGAAGAGGAAGUGAUAGGAAUCGAUACAAAUGAAAACAAGGAUGAUGAUGAUACAGGAGAAAAUGAGGAAGUGGAAGAUGAGGAUGCUGUAGAACUGGACCUAGAGGAAGAUGAGGAGGUUUUGGAAAUUGAAGUAGGGGAAGAUAAAGUUGUUGAAGGGGAUGCAAAGGUAGAAGAGGAGGUUGUGGAACUUGACGAAAUGAAAGAGGAAGAAGCUAUUGAAUUGGAUGAAGAAGAUCAGGAUGUUGUGGAAUUGGGUGAAGGACAGGAAGAAGAUGUCCUAGAAGAAGAGAACACUGUAGAUGAUACAGAGGAAAAUGAGAACGUAGAAGGAGAAAAGGAAGACGAGAAUGCAGCAGAAAAACAGGCUGUUGAGGACAAGCACACUGUUCAAGUAGCAAGGCAGUCCACAACUGAACCUAUCAAAUCCUCAAGAAAAGGGAAAACAUCCUUGAUUAAAAGUUCAGUCAAAAGCCCUUUGAAGAAGCAUGUUUCCAGGAAAGCAAAAUCAGGAUUAGUGAAAGGUGAAGGUGACAUGUAUGACAAUGUAUCACCCUAUGACAGCAUAUCUCCAUACGACAGUAUCUCUAGUGAUUCCGAACAUGACGGCCUCAACAAAAAGGAAUCACCCAGGAAGAAAAAAGUGAUGGAGGAUAAUAACUUGGAUACACAGCUUGAUAAUGACAGUAUAUCCAGUGAUUCUCUCCCACCUGAGGACUUGAAAAAGAGCAGCAAGGGAGGAUGGGAUUACAUACGGGGAGUGUGGGACUCAGUCAGUGGUGAAUCUGUGAGCAGUGUUAACAGUGAGUUAAGUGACAUCAGCUCCAAGGACAGCAAAAGCAGGAGGCACAAGAAUGUUAAGAAAAUGGAGUCUGAUGAUGACUGGGACAACUCCUCUCUCAGUAAUGUUUCUGAUGCUGAGAGUGAGGGACAUCGACAUAUAUCUUCACGCAAAGAUCUGUCAAACAAGCUUCAUACAGCCCUUUCAGAUGAGAAAUACAAGGAGAGUGAUAGUGCAAUGGUAGCUUUGCUGCGGUCAGCUCUUGAUGUAGUGGUCCACAGUAGGGACAGACAAAGCCCCUCACCUCCUCCGAAAAGAAGCAGAGUGCGAGGUGUCUCCCCAAGAAGAACCGAUUCAUAUCGCAAGUACAAGCGCUCUCCUUCUCCAGACUCCUACAAAAGACAUAGGGAUUUGUCACCAUUAAGAGGUCACUAUUCAAGGUCAAGGUCACCUGUAACGAAGCACAGAAGAUCAUUUACUCCAUUGAGAUCUCACAGUUCAACUUCCCCAUUGAGACAUCAAGAUUCUUUGUCCUCUUUACAAAUGCGAGAGUCUAUCUCUCCUCAGAGAGGUAGAAGUUCACUUUCCCCAAUGCAGACAAGAGGCUCCUUAUCCCCACGCAGGUCUUACCGGUCACCAGUUAGAGAUACAUAUGAUGGUAAGAGGAUGUCCUAUUCUCCAGUCCAUGGUGACCGAUAUCAGCAGAGGAGGACUUCGCCUCAUCACCGUACUCACAGACAUGGGUUAUCUCCGGUCUCUGUGUCACCUGUGAGAGAUAGGUAUAGUCGCAGCUCAUUUUCCCCAAAUACUUCAGAGUAUGAUAGAAACCUGCAUGAUAGAGGAGGUCAGUACAGACAGAGGGAUGUAUUUACUCGCGGUAGAGUGUCCAUUUCCCCACAAAGGGCCACCUAUUCUGGACACAGGUCAUCGUCUCCAAAUAGAAAUUUGUCAUACAGGAGGGCAAGGGAUUCCAUAUCCCCAGUAGGCAGGGAAUAUGACCGCAACAGACGAUCACUGUCCCCAGAUGAAAGGCAUAGGCGAUAUAACCGAAGCAGACGGUCACCUUCCCCAGAUGUUAGAGGGUAUGACAGGAACAGACGAUCGCUCUCUGAUGAUUCUAGGAGAUAUGACCGAAGAAGAAGAUCACCAUCCCCAGGUGCAAGGGGCUAUGGUCAUAGCAGGCGAUUACUUACCCCAGAGUCAAGAAGCUAUGACCAGAGCAGAAGGUCACUGUCUCCUAGGACAAGGAGUUACGACCGCAACAGGCGGUCAUUGUCUUCAGUUAGGCAAAGCUCUUAUGAUCUACAUAGUCGAAGUUCAAGGUCACCUGAAAGAUCCUAUGUAAGGCAUAGGUCACCUGCAAGGUCUUUAUCUGAUAUAAGCCAACAGUCCGUUUCUAGAAGUUUGAGUCCUAUAUCAUCAAAAUCCAGGUCAAGGUCACCUAGCGUGAAGCGAAAACAUCCAUAUGAUGAUUAUGCACAAGACACUAAAAAGGCGAAGUUGGAUCAGCCAGCAGCUUCUUAUACAGCGACUAUUGACUUCAACAAACCACCCCCAUCCAGUUCAGUAGUGGCUGCCUCCUUCUAUCCUGAUACAGGUUACCGACAGUCGGGAACAGCAUAUUCUCAACAGCCUUCAGUUACACCUACAGUGCAUGGCCAGUAUGCAGCACCAUACCAGCCUGGUCUGGUGCCACCUCCACCGAUAUUGACUCCAUCCCGUCCCCCUUUCAUGUACUCACAGCCACCAUUGCCAUUCAUGGGUCCCCAACACCCACCUUCCAUGAUGCCUCCUCAACUCCAGCCCCCACCUCGGAUGAUCCUGUCGAUGCAACAGUCGACGUCUUACUCAUCACCACAACAGCCAUCUGUGACAGUCACCGCCAAGAAAUCAUCCCAGCCACAACGACGUCAACUCAUCCCUGUACCGGAACAAGGAUCCCAGUCUACUGCAGGGUCUACAUCAUUUACAGCAAAGUCAGUGGGUGUGGUCGACCCUCCGAGAAGGAUACUCUUUGUAGGAGACAGUCUUAUACAUCAGCUCAGUAAUGAUUUUGUCGGCCAGAAACAAAAUCUGAACUUACAUCAGCGUGAAUUUCAAAUUCAUUGUGUGGGAAAGUUGGGAGGAGUAGUAGGAGACUUGGAACCUCCAGCAUUGAACCAUACUAUGAAUGAAAUUCAGCCACAUAAUGUGUUCAUACAGUGUGGCGGUGAUGACUUAGACUCACCAAACUUUAACCAAAUAAUGACAUGCCUACCUACCCAACUUGUGUCAAUUGCACAAAGACUAGUCGAUGGGUUUGGUGUUCUGUCUGUUGGGAUUCUGCAGAUUCUACCACGACAGACAACGAAACAUGUGGCCUGUGAUUCCUACAAUCUAGGAGCUAACCAAGUGAACUCUAGUAUCAAGGCUCUCUGCAAGAACAAUGACAAUAUCUUUUUCUGGAACCACAAGAAUCUAAGAAAUAUUGAUGUGAUCAGUAUCGGCAAUAGUGGUAUUCGCCUGACUGAGACAGGAAUGGUCAAGUACUUCCGAUCAGUCAGAGGUGUGACCUUAUUUGUGGGGCGUGGAUCAAAGAAAACAAAUCUUCAAUGAAUAUUAACAUAUUUCUAUUUCAUGUUCAAAACUUUGGAAUUUAUUAAAAAUUUCUCAUUCCUCAGUAGUAUCAGUUCUACACAUUCUCACAUUCACACUUAUUCUCAUUCACCAGAACAUGAAAGUGUGAAAGAUCCAACGGGUGAUUUGAUAUUUUUUAUCGUGUAGUUUUUGGCUGAAAUCUUGAAAUCGUUUCCUCUACAUACAAAAAAAUGUUUGAACAUAUGAAUGCUUAAGAAACGCUUAUUAGGCAUGGGAAUACUUUGGAUGUGUUAAAGGGAUAAUGAAAUAUUGCUUUAUUGUCAAUAGUAAAGCUUUGUUGAUUGUUGUAGAAGAACAUUUUUUGCUAUUUAGUGAUGUAAUCAAAAUAUUUUGAUAGAAGUAUCACUCAUUUAUCUGAUGUCUCAUGAUUGUGGUGAAAACAUUCCAUCUGUUGUUUCUUAGUUUAUGAAUGGUUUUGAUGCUAAGGACAUGAGAUAGGUUGAAAAUUUAACAAUGUUAAGUGUUGUAUAAACUGAAUGUGCAAUGAAUAAAGAACAUAGAGUAAUCAAA